AGCUGUUUGUCAAACUCAUUGUAGCAUUAGAAAAUAAAAAAUCAUAAUACAAAAUCACUUCUCAUAAUUAUUCAAAAAUGUCUAAAAUAAUAGUUGAUCAACUGACACAUGCACAAAAGGUGCGUAUUUUAUAUAAAACAAUCUUACGUUUACACAGAGGUUUACCAGAGGAACUGCGGGAAUUGGGUGAUAAGUAUGCUCGUGAUGAAUUUCGGCGUCAUCUUACUUGCUCACCUAUGGAGGCACAACUAUUUAUAACGGAAUGGGCGAAGUACGCAGUUACAAUUACUUCACAAUUGGGACUGAAAGGCAAAGCAACAGCUGCGAUAGGAGACCAAUUGGACACAAGCACUGUAGAAAUGCUUAAAGACGACCAAGUGAUACAAUUGUAUGAGCUAAUGUUGGUUGCUAAGGGCAUUGAAGGUGAUACAAUUACACAUACAGACAUAAAUCACGCUAAAUAAACAUUAAGAGCUUUUAUUUACUCCCUUUUUCGUUUCUCCAAUAUUUUAUAUUCAUAUUGUACGCCUCCCUCUUUUUGUAUUCCCAUUGGUAUUUUUUCUUGAUCCAAUUUCAAUUCUUGAAAAUCAGCUGGAAUCUCGGGGAAGAAUGUAUCACACUCAAAUUGUUGAAGGAUCUUUGUUAAAUAUAUUCUGUUACACCGUGGCGAAAGUAUGGCCUCUUUGUACACUCCACUGCCACCAACAA